CAUCUCACAACAUUCAUCACUCCCUCAUGCACACACCAUUAAAACUAGGCAAAAUCUCGAGAUAAUAAUCGGCGGCGGCGGCGCCCCCUCCCCCGAAACGCCUGUGUGCCCCGAACCCAUCCCUCCUCCCCCUCCUCCACCCGAGGAAUGCCCUCCCCCACCCCCGCCUCCUAUACCUCCUCCACCACCCCCGCCUCCUAUACCUCCUCCUCCUCCCCCACCCCCACCACCUCCUCCUCCUCCACCGCCUCCUCGUCACUCUCCAUCCUCCGACUUACUCCAAGAAAACCCCCCCCUCCCCCACCAAUACCGUCGCCCGAGCUACAAAGGUCGAAGCAAGUGAUCGAAAGGUUCAGAAAGACGAUAUGCAAAGACCCUAAGCACGUGACCGAUACGUGGAACGGCAGCUUAUGCUAUGACAAAUCAAAAUACAAAGGCUUCAUCUGCGACACCACAAUCACAGAAAAGAAGCUCCUCGUAGCGCUAGUCAACUUCAACAACUACGAAUUCGAAGGCUGUCCCAACAAACCCUUAGCCCUCGGCAACUUCCUCGAAAACCUCACCGAAAUCAUCGCCUUCCACUCCAACUCCAACUUCUUCUCCUGCGGCAUCCCCUUAGGCCUCGACCAAAUCAAGUCCCUCUUCGAACUCGACCUCAGCAACAACAACCUCACCGGUCCCUUUCCCAAAGAAGUCCUCGUCGCCACCAACCUCACCUUCCUCGACCUCCGCUUCAACAAACUCUCCGGCUACCUCAACCCAAAUGUCUUCACCCUCGACCUCAACAUCCUCUUCCUCAACAACAACCAAUUCACCGGCCCCAUCCCGGCUGCCCUCGGCAAAACCCCCGCCCUCUACGUCACCCUCGCCAACAACCAAUUCACCGGCCCCAUCCCGAGCACCAUCGGAGACACAAAAAACACGCUUCUCGAGAUUCUCCUGCUCGGUAACCACCUCUCGGGGACGCUCCCGUACGAGAUAGGCUUCCUGGAAAAGGCCACGCUCUUCGACGCGAGCGUGAACAAUAUCACGGGGCAAAUCCCGCACUCAUUCGGGUGCCUCAAGUCGAUCAACUACCUCAACAUGUCCAUGAACCAACUCUGUGGACCAGUGCCGGAGCCGCUGUGCAAGCUGCCGAAGCUGGCGAAGCUGACGCUGAGCGACAACUACAUCACGCAGGUGGGGCCCGAGUGUAGGAAGCUGAUCGAGAGGAAGGUUUUGGACAUUGGAAGGAACUGCAUUUUGGAUCUGCCGAAUCAGAAGACCAAGGAGAUGUGUGCGGGUUUUUUUCACAAGCAGCCGUGCCGGGAGCCGGCUAACCUGAAUAAGAUACCUUGCCGCUUUAAAUCGGGAAAUGAACCGGAACCGGUGGUGGAGAGGAAACUGACGGAGAAGCCGCGGAGCUAUGCAGCUCUGGAGCUGCAAGGCUGAUGCCAUAGCUGUAUCUAUCUACAUAUAUGUUUAUGUGUGUUUCUUGAUUUGGGAAAUACUAUAAAAUUUGUAUAUCAAUUUUAGUGUUGUUGGGAUUCAAUAAUUGAUCAUCUCAUUCGUAUUA